UGGCCAGCUUUCGCUUCUUCUUGUUUAAAGAGUGAAGUGUGCUAGACGUAAGGAUUGUUGUGUAAAGUGCAAUAAAUUAUUAUACUUCUACCCGAGUUUUAUAUUCAUCUGUGGUGUCGAGUGGCCGAAAUACCUGGACGUUAUUAUACUGACCAAAAAUGAGGCUGACAAUCUCACUUCGCUUCUCCCACUUCUUCGUGCUGCUUCUUUCUGCAACGUUGUCGAACGGCAACGACAGCGAGCUGUUGACCUCUGUAAUCGAUUUAGUCGAGUUCGACUACACCGACAACUGUGCCGACAGGGCGUCGGCAACGUGGGACGCGCUUAUUGGCAGCCCUAAGGGCUUGCAAACUAAGUUGGAGCGCGACAAAGAAUACAAGACCUUCGUAAAGCAGAACCUUGAAGACCUCAAGACUAUCACGAGGCAUUCGUGGACACAGACUGAUGAUUUGCUGAAGCGUAAAGUGCACCUACUGCUGCAGCCCGGUGAUGUUUUGUUGGACAGCGACCAAUGGAUAAGACUGGUGACGUUUGCGGAUAAGGCGCAGAAUAAAAUAAGGUUUGCGACCAACUACGACUGUGGGUCGAGAACUUGCGCGUUGCGAGAGUUCCACAAAAGUUUCGCGAAGAAACAAUAUAGAGCAGUGUUGAAGAAAAUGAAACAAUCAUGGGAGAGUAACCUGCCAGACAUCAACGAAUAUGUAGAACAAAUCCUGCCUAUUCUAGGAAAUGCAUCGAAAGAUUACAAGACUGUGGAAGAAUACUGGGACUCCUUAGUAGAAUACGAGGGCGCCAUACAGAAAGCCCGCGAGCUUUGGGAAGGGGUGAAGCCUUUGUACGUAAAGCUACAUAAGUACGUGGCCUUGAGCUUAUUGGGCGACAAGGGGGUUGGGGGCAACUUACCGGUUCAUUUGUUAAGGUCGCUAAAUGGUGACGACUGGUCCAAUGUGAUAGACAGUUUGUUGCCCAAGCACCCAGCAGUUUACCGGAAAGUUGCUGCGAAUCUGCAAAUAAAGAAUCUCGGCGGAGAAAACGCUUUCAAAGCGGCAGCUAACCUCAUCAAAGAACUGAACCUUGGUGAGAUCAAGCCAGAGAUAUGGCAGAUAUCAGUGUUCAACAGUUCCUGCCCUCCCGUCCUCGUUGACUACUGCAAACCCAACAAAAUGAAGGUGGUCACGUGUAAAGACGUCAGUAUAGGAAACUAUUUGGAUGCGCACGAGACUGCCAUGAAGAUCGCUUACAAGCAGCUCACUGCUUCAUACAGUAACAACACUUUUAUCCUGAGGGAAGCCCCACGUUACUCGGCAAUAUACGAAGCCAUCCCAGGGUUCUUAUCGUUGCUGGCAUUGAGCCCGCACGCUUUGGCGAGGAACGACCUGUUUAACAUCGAGCUCUUCAAUCGGAACAGCAACCACCAUCGCAUGGUAUUGCAGCUAAUACUCGCCCUAAGGGACUUAGCUAAGUUAAAUUUCUACCUGGCAGCUGAUGAAUGGAGACUCAAAGUACUGACGGGGAAUACGCCUUCUUCGAAGACAGCUGCAAGUUGGAGCGAAUUUAGAAGAAAUUUCUCCCAACUGGAAACCUUGGAUACAGAUUUAUUAGGUGACCCCUACGUUCAAUUCAACAAACCUUUUAUUGGGAAAUUCAUGGGUCUCAUCCUAAAAUAUCAGAUAUAUCAUUCAUUCGCUGAAGAACUCGAGUCUGAUGAUUCUGAUUUGAUCAAACAUAUAGCUGAACACAGUAAUCGAUUAAGUGACGUAAUGUCCCAAGGCUUCAGUAUUAAAUGGCCUGAACUCGUCAGAGAUCUGCUAUUCAAGAAACAAAAUGGCCUGGAAUACACCGGUCUAAUUGACUACUACCGAUUGUUAGAAAAAUAUUUAGACGAUCAAUUCGAUCCUGUGAUAAACAAUGGCAUAUCAUAUAAAUAGACACGUUAUACGCCUACAUUAUUGUCUUUUAAAAUGGCGCAAAUACUCCUAUUUUAUGACAGCUAUGCGUUAAGACAUUUUGCACAGGAAAGGAGAAUGGGGUAGAGUGAAUUUUCGAAUGAACUAUCAAACUAAUAUUUAAAGAAAAGCAAGACAAAACGUAACUUAUUAUUUUCCCUCAAACCAACUUAGGUCUUAUGCCUUUUUUUAUCUUAAAAAAUGAGUUUUUAAAUCCGGAUUAUUUUUAUGUAUAGCAACGUGCAAAAUUUGUGAGGUGUACUCUGAGAUUAAAAGUCGAAUUAUCGACAUAUAAAUUAACGACAAAAACACGUCAUUGCGAUUUUAAAAAAAGACUAAAAUUCGAUUCUUUAUACAUAAUUGCAAUCUUUUUGGGGUCGGGAAGUAGAAUUAUAUUUUACCCAACCUGCAUUUUUAGCACUUUCGUUUCCGCUAUAAUUUUGUUUCUCAAGUGAGUCUUCUUCGUUUGAUCAUAAAUUAAUUAUUAUAAUCAUACAGUAAUAAUAGCCAUAGCAUUGAUGGAUUUCUGAUGAAAACGUCAACACAAGAAUAUAUUCUGUUCUAAAGAAAAAAAAUUGCGUGAGUUUAAAAUGCAGAGUUCAUAAGUGAAACAUAUUCGCCCAACUUCCCCUGGCAGUGGCCACUAGAUUUUAGGUCACAUGUCAAAUUCAACCGUCAACACUUGUCAAAUUGAAUAAAAUUAAAUACAUUUAAUAUUUUACUAAAAAAACUGUAUUUACGAAUGAAAUGACACAUUUUUCUGGUACAUAAUAGUGGCAGUGUAAUUUGUACACCAACAAAAAACGCAAGAAAGCAUAUUAACAAAUAUAGCCCGACCAGGAACAUAAAAACCCUCGCCAUGUUGCGGAAAACUAAUGGUACUAAUU